AUGGCUUCGCGCGCCGAUGCGGUCUUUGUUGACGAUCCCCCAAGGUCACCCAGCGUGUGGCCCGUCCUCUACUACAAUCCUCCAGGGGCACGGAAGUUCAGAAAACAGCCCAGGGCUAACGGCUCCCGUUCCCUGGCUUCCCCCAGGAUCCACCGAAGUAACAUCCCCCCUGCCAUCUCGUUCAGCGCUUUGACGCGUUCGGAAAUCUUCACCAACUGUUGCUUGUACCGCGUCGUUCCGACAAUGUCCUACAGGUACUCCAACAACCCGCAAUCGGUCUCCGCGAGCGCCUUUGGUUUUGUUAUCAAAAUCGUCUCAAUCUCGCCCUGCAGAAUCAGGAACCGAUUGUGUUCCAAAACAUUCCGUGCUGUUUUCUUCUUCCUCCUCGAAAUUGACCUUCCGGUUGUUAGGAACCCUCUCAGAACCGCUUCCCCGAUCAAGAAUCUGCCCCAACUUAGGCCCCAACUGUACAGCUCUAUGCGUGUGGAAGCUCCGACGAAUUUUGCAACAUCAUCUUACAGCUCGCUAAUGAAUUCCCUCAGCCAACAAGUGGGGGCAAGCCUCGGGCUUCAUUUCCACAUCCAGCCAACUGUAUCCAGCUAACAGCAAAAGCAGCACAACAGUUUGACGUUGAGAAAUGUCAAAAGUUUCAACACUGAAAUAAAUCUUCGUAGAUAAUGGUCAAUACUGGGUCGCGUAUCAUACGCACGAUAUCUAGUAUGAUACUCGCUACAUACACACUCCAUACACACCUCAGUAUCAGAAGUGAUCUGC